UUGCUUCAACAAUGAAAACUAUUCUGGUGAUCUUUUCGGCGGUUGCUAUCGCAUCCUCCAUCCCCCACGAUAAAUGGCAGCAAUUUAAGGCCGAUCACGCCAAGUUGUACCGGAAUGUAGCUGAGGAACAGCGACGCUUCGGAAUCUUCCUGGACAACCUCCAGACGAUCGAAGAGCACAACGCCCUCUACGCGAAGGGCGAGGUCAGUUACAAGCUGGCCGUGAACAAAUUCGCAGACCUCACAAAAGAAGAGUUUCUAGAGAAAUACGGCGGCCUAAAGCCUGCCCGGCCGUCCGGUGUCAAGAGCGAAACGUUUAAAAAACCCGUAGGAGUUGAGGUCCCGAAGUCGAUCGACUGGAGAGAAAAAGGAGCGGUAACCGCGGUAAAAGAUCAGGGAGAUUGCGGGGGAUGUUGGGCAUUCUGCACGAUCGGCUCCUUGGAGGGCAUGUACGCCAUCAAGAACAACAAUCUGACGACGUUCAGCGAGCAGAACCUCAUCGAUUGCGCGUCGGAAGAGAAAUACAGUGAUUCAGGUUGCUUGCAAGGAAUAAUCGUACCGACUUUCCAGUAUAUGGUCGACGAAGGUGUGGAGACUGAGGAAGACUACCCUUACGAGGGAAGAGACGGUAGCUGUAGUCGCGACGAGUCUAAAAUCACGGCAAGGGUUCAAAGUUACGUGGAGAUACCGCAGUUCGACGAAGACGCUUUGCUUGCCGCCGUAGGCCUGGUAGGACCUGUGAGCGUGGCUUUAGACGCCACGGGGGUUAUGUACUACUCGGAGGGUAUUUACGACGGGACAGGAUACUUCGGUUGUUCCAAAACCCAGCUCAAUCACGGCAUGGUGAUGGUUGGUUACGGGACUGAAGACGGGGUCGACUACUGGAUCAUGAAGAACUCCUGGGGUACGAUCUACGGCGUUGACGGAUACGUGAAAGUCAAGAGGGGAAGCAACAUUUGCGGCAUUGCCACCGAGGCUAGCUAUCCCGUACUAUGAGAUGUUUUUAUUUGAAUAAAGUUAAUCGA